UCUAUGGGUAAAAUCCUACUAACCAUACAUUUUAUUAUUAUUAAUGUUCUUUAAUUAAAAUUUGAUAUAUUCUGUGGUUUGAGUGCAAUUUGCAAUAAUCGUGGAUUAUGAUGAAAUAUUUUAACAUAAACUUCAACAUAAAUCUAUAAAAAAAAUUAUCAUAGUUCGAACUUGGGUUUAUCAGAUAUAUUGGUUGUGAUUUUGUACUUAACGAGGUUGUCAUGGCCUCAAAGAAUUUAAAAAUGAUGGUUUUUGAUUUAGAUUUUACAUUAUGGCCGUUUUGGGUGGAUACUCAUGUGUCGCCACCUUUUAAAAAGAAUUCUAAAGGUGUUGUGGUAGACAGAUACGAUUCUGAAAUAGAAUAUUACCCUCAAGUUCCAGAAAUCUUGCAAAAACUUCAUGAAGAAGGGUAUACUUUGGGAGUGGCUUCAAGAACGUCUGAAAUUGAAGGUGCUAAACAGCUACUUAAAUUGUUUGGAUGGGACAAAUAUUUCUCAUAUCUUCAAAUAUUUCCUGGUAAAAAAACUACACAUUUUAGUAACUUAAAGGAACAAUCUGGACUUGGCUUUGAAGAAAUGAUAUUCUUUGAUGAUGAAUUACGUAACAUCCACGAUGUCAGUGCUCUUGGAGUAGUGUCUGUUUUUGUAAAAAAAGGUGUAGACAAGUCAGUGAUAGAAGAAGGAAAGCAGCAGUUUGCAGCAGGGUUAAAAAAGUCUAUAAGAUAGAUGAAGAAUGUGAUAUUUUAUAAUAAAGUCUAUAGAAAAAAUAAAAGCAUUUUUUAGAAUUUCA